AUGGUUCUUCAGGGAGUAGCAGCGUUCGGGCACAUCGCUCCCCCCGUUGUCGUGUACGCUAAACAACCGGAGCAGCACCGAGGAAGCAGAGCCCUCAUGUGCUUCCCUACCGAGUACACCGAGUACGUGUUCUGCGUCAACGCCGCGGGCCACAAGUGGGACGUCGCCAAGCGCUUCCGGGACUUCGUCAACUUCGAGAGGAGGCUCAUCGCCACGUUCUCGGAGGCAGACCUGGAGGGGCGGGAGCCGCUGCCGGAGAAGAACUUCUUCCUGUCCAACAGCCCCUCGUUCGUGGAGCACAGGAGGUGGCGGCUCGAGAUGUACAUCAACAGCCUCGCGCAUUGCCCUGUGGUUGCGCACAGCGACGCGUUCAAGGAGUUUCUGGAGUACGACGAGGAGAAGAUCGUCAGCUCUGCGGGAGACGAUGCGUUUGCUGGGCUGACAGCCUACGACCGGGAGCAGGAGAGGAUCAAGAUGGAACGGCUGGCGGCCCUGGCCAAGAUGCCGUUGAGAUCUUCUGUGCAAGCUGAGAACUCGACCUCCUCCGUCUCCACUCCUCAUGGCUUCUCUACCAGCGAUCAGUGGGCGUGGGCAGGAGACGCUCUCUCACUAGAACGACAGGAGUGA